UGUAAAACUCAGAGCCAUUCUCUGUGUUGUGUGUCCUCCUCCAGCAGGCCAGCAGCAGGCGGCUGAGCCCAGGGACAGAGCCUGAUCCUGGGCCACACAGCUGCUGAUGCCCCCUGCUGCCCAGCAACCGCCCGGCAACAUGAUGGCCUCGGUGGUCUCCGGAGGGGGCCGCAAGAAGUCUCUGACGCUGAGGGGGGUCGACCCCGAGACCUGCAUGAUCGUCUUCAAGAACCACUGGGCUCAGGUGGUGAAGAUCCUGGAGAAACACGAGCCGGGUCGCAGCAGCUCCGGAGCGCUGAGCUUCCUCUCCGGCCACGCCGGCGGCAGCAGCAGCUCCGGGUCGUUGCGCCUCGGGCCGAUCCUGGCUGACGAGGCCAGCGCCGUCCAGAACUACGUGGAACACAUGCUGUUCCUGCUGAUGGAGGAGGAGGCGGGGCACGGAGGAGCGAUGGGUCCCAUCCUGGAGUUCGUGGUGCUGGAGGGCGUGAUGGAGCGUCUGUUCCUGUGGAGCCUCAGGAGACAGUUCACCGAGGACAUGAAGCUGGAGCAGCUCAGGAUGUACCAGAUGCUUCUGUCUCAGGCCCGCCAGCCGCUGCUGCACCACAAACCGGUUCUACGGCCGCUCAUGAUGCUGCUCGCCUCCUGCGCCGGAGCCGGAACCGACAGCGGCGGCGUGGUGGAGGCGGAGCUUGUCCUCCUGUUGAACCAGCUGUGUGUCGCUCUGGUCAAAGAUCCCUCCGUCCUCGAGCUGUUCUUCCACACUAGUGAGGACCAGGGAGCCGCCAACUUCCUGCUCUUCUCCCUGCUCAUACCCUACACACACAGACAGGGUUCUGUGGGUCAGCAGGCCAGAGACGCUCUGCUGCUCAUCAUGUCUCUGUCGGCCUCCGACCCUCGAGUCGCCCAGCACAUCGCGGAGAACACAUACUUCUGUCCUGUGCUGGCUACAGGUCUGUCUGGUUUGUACUCGUCUCUUCCUGCGAGGCUGCAGGUUUACAGUGAAGACUGGCACAGUCUGGACCAGGCCGACUGGCAGCAGGUUCCCGCUCUGGUCCACUUCCUGCACUCUCUGGACUUCUGCAGCGCCGUCACCAAGGUGGCUCACCCGUCCAUCCGCUGCCAGCUGCUGGGUUACAUCUACAACGGCUUCCUGGUGCCGGUGCUGGCGCCCGCCCUGCACAAGCUGACGGUGGAGGAGGUGAUGACCACCACGGCGUACCUGGAUCUGUUCCUGCGCUCCGUCUCUGAGCCCGCCCUGCUGCAGAGCUUCCUGUCCUUCAUCCUGCUGCACACACACGACAACGUGCACAUCCUGGACACACUGGUCAGCCGGGUCAACACACCUUUCCAGUUGGGGACGGUGUCUCUGGCUCUGUUCAGGACUCUGAUUGGUCUCUUCUGUGAAGACGUCAUGCUGCAGCUGGUGUUCAGGUAUCUGAUUCCCUGCAGCCACCUGAGCAGGAAGCAGCGCUCCUCGCUCCAGCAGAGGGACUGCUACUCCUCCAGCGCCACCUCCUUCCUGCUCCUCCUGCCCUCCUGGUGCCCCGGGAGCCUCCACAACCUCCAGGCAAACUCACACUCAGAGCACAUCCACUGGCCCAAAGGCCCAGAUCUGUCAGUGUCAGACAGUGUUGGUUACUGUCGUGGUUCAGACUUCCUGAUGGAUGUUAACUACCUCCACUACCUCUGGGACGCCCGCCAGGCCAUCUCCACCUCCCACAGGGCAUGUCAGUUCUGGUCGUCCCCGUAUGAUGGGAUCGACCCUCUGCCUCAGGAAUAUCGAUCGGAAACACCAGCGGAUGACAUGGAAGACGAGGAAGAGAUCAUACGGCGAGUAAAGAGCGACUCCAUCUGCUCUUUGGUCCUCACCCCUCCCCCCUCAGCCCUCUCGCCCACCCCCUCCUGCUCAGAUACCGUCUCUACGGGCAACCAGACAGGAAGAGCCGGCUCGGCGCUGGAACUGGAGUGGGACGACAUCUUUGCCGACGACGACCCGUCUUCGUCAGUGUGGAUAAACGCGGCGCUUACAAAUGGCGGCACGACCAUGGAGGCAGACAGAUGCGCUUUGACACCGAUUCCUCCCAGACACAUCCAGGAAAUGCGACGUACUGCGACCAAGCUGGUGCACGGUUCGUACGUGGAGGAAGCCGAGUUUGAGGACGACGUUCUGGUCUAUAAUCUAGUUGCGCAAAAAGAGUCAAAGGCAGCCGUUUUGGAGCGAAUCAUGGCUGCAAAUCGGCGGGCGCGUGGAAGCAUCUCAAAUGGCCAACGGGUGUCAUCAACACCAUCGACAACAACAAUAACGUCGAUGUUGACGACAACAGGGAGGACGGUGAUGGAGACCGUUAACAGUAUAAUGUCCACAAGGAGGCGGAGCGAGGACGCAGGGAGGGAGGAAAGAAGAAGGAGUGAGGAUUAUGUGAAGGAGGUCCGGAGGAGGAGUGAGGACUGUGGGAAGGAGUUGGGGAGAUGGAGGGGGGACAGAGAAGAUGAGGUAAGAAGGAUGGAUGUACAAAUAGGACGCCAGUUUUUCACCAACGGUUUUAACAAAAAGAAUCACAUCAUCGACGAAUGUGAUGAUUCGGAUGAAAACGGCGAGCCAUUUCAGCAAAACUGCAACCUGAGUGACUUCACAUCUCCUGUCAAUCACACCAGCACACAACAUCCCACGCCAUGUUUAGUGACUUUACCCAAUGGCCAUUCUGAAUUCGAGACACAUGACUCUUUGGUGUCUGAUGCCAAGUCUCUAAAUCUGCCUGAUGACAAAGUUGUAAAGAAUGACGACUUCCUGUCCCGAUAUCAGGAGCUCAUGCUCUCUCUGGGGGUGGAGCCAGACUGUGAUGACGUCACAAACAACAUCAGCACAUUCAGGAGGCGAGUCCGAGCGCUGAGGCAGAAACUGGAAGAGGAGGGGGAAUUUGGUUGUAGAUCCACGUGGGAUGAUGCAGAGGAGGAAGAAGUGGAUAAGGAGGAGGCGAUGGAAGAAGAGGAAGAGAAGGACGAGGAAGGAGAGGAGAGGAGGAAAGACAACAGGAGGCAUGGCGUUCCAUUUACAGGUCCCUUCAUCAGCGUCCUGUUGUCCCGGCUCGAGAACCUCCUGGAAAACUCCAUUGCUGUGAACCUGCUGGUGACGGGCAUCCUGGCCCAGCUGGUGUCGUACCCGCAACCUCUUCUGAGAUCCUUCCUGCUCAGCACGGACACAAACAACCAGACCAACGUUCGCACGUUGUACCAGGUGUUGGUGUCAGUGCACGCUCAGAUUGAACGCUACGUGGCCGACAGACCGGACUAUCCUGCUCUGGUCACUCAGGCCUGGAGGUUCCUGUUGGCUAAAGACCAAGACAGCAAGUUUAGAGAGUGCCUCCAGUCCCAGGGUGGUGACAUCAUCCUGGACCCGUCUGUCCCCAAUGGCUCUGUGAAUAACGCUCUGCCUUUGCCUCCUCUUGGCGUCCUGCCGCCUUGCCCUCCGAUCCCGCCUCAAGCCAAGAGCCGAGUGUUCGCCAUCAUCCUGUACGCCGAGUUCCUGAAGGAGCUGGCCGCCAUCAGCCAGGAGCACAGCAUUGCUUUAGACUGCUCUGCAGAGGAGUAACGGAGACGGU